AUGCCUGUGUUUCUAAACUGGAGCCUACACCAGAAGGUUCCUGAUGUCAUCAGCAGCAUAAGACAAGUCUCCAAAGCAGCGCUGAAAGAAGAUGCCAAACCAAGUAAGGACAGUGAAGAUGCCUUCUAUGACUCUCAAAAAUUUGAGGUCCUGUACUGUGGAAAGGUGACGGUGGCUCACAAGAAAGCUCCCUCCACACUAAUUGAUGAUUGCAUUGAGAAAUUCAGCCUUCAUGAGCGCCAGCGCCUGAAACUAUUAAACGAGCAGCGGAAUAACGAGUCAAAUUUGGACUUACCCCUGUGUGAAGGAAAUGUGCCAGCUUCUCCAUCGGAUAGCCCAUUUGAGGAGCUGGACAGCCCAAAUAACACUGCGGGGCAUGCUGCGAUGUUUACAAUCGGCAGCCAGACCAACUUGACCAACCUGGCCAGCACUCGUGGCUCCUUUCCAGAGCGAAUUUUAGAGGACUCUGGCUUUGAUGAGCAGCAAGAGUUUCGCUCCCGGUGCAGCAGCGUCACUGCAGUUAUGCAAAGAAGGGUUCAUGAUACAAACCUGAAAAUACAGCCACGCAGAAGACAUGCAAGUGCACCCAGUCAUGUUCAGCCCUCCGACUCUGAGAAGAACAGGACAAUGUUGUUUCAGGUUGGAAGGUUUGAAGUUAACCUCAUCAGUCCGGACACCAAAUCUGUUGUGCUUGAAAAGAAUUUUAAAGAUAUCUCUUCAUGUUCUCAGGGUAUAAAACACGUUGAUCACUUUGGUUUCAUUUGCCGGGAAUCUUUUGAACCUGGGUUAAGCCAGUAUGUUUGCUAUGUAUUCCAGUGUGCAAGUGAGUCUCUGGUUGAUGAGGUAAUGCUUACCCUGAAACAAGCCUUUAGCACUGCUGCAGCUCUGCAAAAUGCCAAGACACAGAUUAAACUGUGCGAGGCCUGCCCUAUGCAUUCGUUGCACAAACUUUGUGAAAGAAUUGAAGGACUCUAUCCACCAAGAGCCAAACUUGUAAUUCAGAGACAUUUGUCGUCACUAACUGAUAACGAGCAAGCAGACAUUUUUGAACGUGUUCAGAAAAUGAAGCCUGACAAUGACCAGGAAGAAAAUGAACUUGUGAUCUUACAUCUACGCCAACUCUGUGAAACUAAGCAGAAAACGCACAUUCACAUUGGUGAAGCACCAUUGACCGUUUCUAACAGUGCGAUUCCAGAAAGCACCACCAGUGGUGGCAGGUUUAAACUUGACAUUCUGAAAAACAAGGCCAAGAAAUCCUUGACUAGCUCUCUGGAAAAUAUCUUCUCAAGGGGAGCCAACAGAAUGCGGGGCCGCCUGGGAAGCGUGGACAGCUUUGAGCGCUGCAACAGCCUUGCUUCUGACAAAGACGCUUCGCCGGGCGAUUCUCCGCCAGCUACUCCUCCAGCGUCCCCCGUGUCCUCGGCCUGGCAGCCGUUUCCCGAGGAAGACUCGGACUCCCCCCAGUUCAGGAGGCGUGCGCACACCUUCAGCCACCCCCCCUCCAGUGCCAAGCGGAGGAUAACCUUCCAGAACGGGAGGUCCCAGAGCGUCCGCUCCCCGCUGCUGCGGCAGGGCUGCAUCGAGACGACAAGUCCUACUGUCGGGGUUCGGCGCGCUUUCAGUGAGAGUGAGUCUGCAUCACCUGGUCUCUCCUCCUCUGUCUCUGCCCCUUCUUUCCUGAAAACCUUUUACCAGGGCUCAGGAAGGUUGCUCCAGCACUCAGAAAGUGACCUCUCCAAGAGUGAUGGGGAGGGAAAGAAAAGAACAUCAACUGUCUGCAGCAGUGAAUCUCUAAAUGCUGUGGGGGCCACGCUCACACCUCGCCGCAUCUCCUGGCGGCGAAGAAUAUUCCUGCAGGUAGCUUCACCUAUGAAUAAAUCUCCUUCCAAGAUGCAGCAUCCAGAUGGUCAUGAUGGAAGUGAAUUGUUACCGUUAUCCCCUCUUGCUCCACCCCUGGAGGAGGACCCUUUUGUUCUAGUAUUGCAAAAUGAGGAUGGUCCAGAUAAAACUGGAGAGAGGAAAAACUCAGAAGAACUACAAAGUCUGUGGAGAAAAGCCAUCCAUCAACAAAUUCUGUUACUUCGAAUGGAAAAAGAAAACCAGAAGCUGGAAGAAGCAAGCAGAGAUGAGCUUCAAUCAAGAAAAGUAAAACUGGACUAUGAUGAAGUUGGUACAUGUCAGAAAGAUGUCAUAAAUGUUUGGGAUAAGAAGUUACUAAACUGCAGAGCCAAAAUCCGAUGUGACAUGGAAGAUAUUCAUUCCACUUUGAAAGAAGGCGUACCAAAAAGUCGUCGGGGAGAAAUUUGGCAGUUUUUGGCUGUGCAACAUCGAGUCAGACACAGACUGCCAAACAAGCAGCAGCCUCCUGAUGUCUCUUACAAAGAACUUCUAAAACAACUGACUGCUCAACAGCAUGCCAUCCUUGUAGAUCUAGGACGGACAUUCCCUACGCAUCCUUACUUUUCUGCCCACCUGGGAGCAGGACAGCUAUCACUCUUUAAUCUCCUGAAAGCAUACUCUUUGCUGGACAAAGAAGUGGGUUAUUGUCAAGGUAUCAGCUUUGUAGCUGGAGUGCUGCUUCUACACAUGAGUGAAGAACAGGCCUUUGAAAUGCUGAAAUUCCUCAUGUAUGACCUUGGGUUCCGUAAACAGUACAGGCCAGACAUGAUGUCGCUACAGAUUCAGAUGUAUCAGCUCUCAAGGCUUCUUCAUGAUUAUCACAGAGACCUGUAUAAUCAUCUUGAAGAAAAUGAAAUCAGUCCCAGUCUUUAUGCUGCACCGUGGUUUCUUACACUGUUCGCAUCUCAGUUUCCAUUAGGAUUUGUAGCCAGAGUAUUUGACAUUAUUUUUCUUCAAGGAACGGAAGUCAUAUUUAAAGUAGCACUGAGCCUACUUAGCAGUCAAGAAACAUCUAUAAUGGGAUGUGAGAGUUUUGAGAACAUUGUUGAUUUUCUUAAAACUGCUAUUCCAGAUAUGACUCAGCCUCAAAUGGAAAAAAUUAUUACUCAGGUGUUUGAGAUGGAUAUUUCAAAACAGCUCCAUGCCUAUGAAGUAGAGUACCAUGUUCUUCAGGAUGAACUGCAGGAAAAUGUGAAUCCCUGUGAUGAAGGUGAACCCCUGGAGAAGCUGGAGAGGGCAAACAGUCAUCUGAAGAGACAAAACAUGGAUUUGUUGGAGAAGCUACAGGUUGCUCAUGCUAAAAUUCAGAGUCUGGAAUCCAGCCUGGAGACUAUUUUGACUCGAGAAAACAAAAUGAAAACUGUAAUUCAGUCCCUGGAACAGGAGAAGAUAACAUAUCAAAAGACUCUUGAGCAGAUAAUGAAGUAUUUGCCAGCAGAAGCAUUGUCUGACUGUGAACUGCUCCUGAAGGAAGUAAACUACAAUCCAAAUAAUAAAAUAAAAUAAGGAGUAAGCCAUAAAACAAGGUUUUCUAGGCAGCAUCUUUUCAAAAAAAGGGAAAGAAAAGAUGAGCAUGCUGCUUUCAAAGGACUUAGCAAUAGGCAACGAACGGUAUUAUCCAAAACUAGUGCUGGGACACUCAUAGCUACAGAUGGGCCUUCAAAUGUCAGUAUGCAAAUUCAGGCUAUUAAUUUUUUUAUGAUUAUGUAAAUAAAUCACAAGGGGGAAAUAAAGGAUUGUCACAUGUAAUUAUUAUUAGUAGGUGUAUAUUUAGAGUUGACUUAAAGGAAAAGAGAAAUUUCAGUAGUCAAAGCCAAGAUAAUGGUGAUCUACAAAUUCACUCUGGAUGUGCUUGUCUUGUAGUGAAAUGAGAAUAGCGUGUCUUAUAUAUAUAUGUAUGUUGAAUAAUACUUGAAGAAAAAAAAAAGAAUGUAAUUUUCCCUC